AUGUUUAUGGAUCGCGAAGCACUAAUACAUUUCAUUGGAGGAGCCGUCGGAGGAACAGCAGGUACUUGUAUAACAUGUCCAUUGGAGGUGGUAAAAACAAGAAUGCAAUCCACUAAAGGAAUAACACCCGUUGGGCCUUGCAGCAGUCAAGGUGGUGACGUUAGCCGAAACGGAAUGUCUUUGGAUUUGUCACGAUUUGUGCAGUCCCAAAUACUUCAUUUCAGUCACAUAAUCAAAAAUGAAGGAUAUAGUGGAUUAUACAAAGGUUUACUUCCGAAUCUCGUCGGUGUUGCCCCAUCUAAAGCUGUGUAUUUCUAUUCUUACUCGACAAGCAAACGGAUCUGGAAUGAAUCGGGGCUUUUCGUUCCCAAUAGCGCUUUAGUACACAUGGUGAGCGCUGGUACGGCAGGUUUUGUGGCCGCGUCCGCUGUUAAUCCCAUAUGGCUCGUGAAGACACGGUUACAGUUAUAUCAAGGAAAAAGUUCCAUCCUCUCUAUGAUCCGCCGAGUUUACAAGCGUGAGGGUAUUAGAGGUUUUUACAAGGGUGUGACUGCCUCAUAUGCUGGGGUGUCAGAAACUGUGAUACAAUUUGUAAUUUAUGAACAUCUGCGUGGCUUACUUCUUCGCCACCGCGGCCAAGAUGCAGAUAAGGAAAAAAUUGAUUUUCUUAACUUCAUGGUUGCUGGUGGGUGCGCAAAGUUUAUUGCAUGUGUCAUCGCGUAUCCUCAUGAAGUGGUCCGAACAAGACUUCGAGAAGAAUCAUCGGUUAAGCGUGGGUUCUUCCGAAUCCUCUGCGACUUAUACAAGGAGGGCGGUCGAGCUAUGUAUCGUGGCUUAUCAGUUCAGCUGAUGCGUACGGUUCCAAAUACGGCUAUAACCAUGGGGACCUACGAAAUCGUCGUGUAUAUGUUGCAUCACCUGUGA